AUGUUUACACCUACUUACGUCAUUCUGUUGAAAUAUUCUAAUCGAACACCGUCUCUUUAUAUAAAAAUUAUCAAACAAUUAAUACUUUUGUGGAAAGAAUGGGAGAAAGACGGUUUUAAAGUUGCUGAUACAGAAACUUGGAAUAAACUUAGGCAUGAUCAAAGACAAAUUGCUUGUGAUAUUUGGCAUGUAAUUGAAGAACAUGCAGGAAAAACAAUUCGUUUCGAACAAUUAAUUGCUGAGACAAACAGAAAAAUGCAAAUGAUAUUGACAAUCAAAGAAAAUAUAACAUCUUGUAUAAAUAACUAUUGUCAAGAAGCAUGUGACAAGAAAUUCUACGACAAUCUUCUUAAAAAAAUGGGAACAUACCGUCAUGAAGAAAAAGUACAUUCUAUCGAGGUACCAAAAGAAAUUGAAAAGCUGAAGCCGUUUGCCGAUCGUCUUAACCCCGUGUUUUCAUCACAUGUUUGGCAAAGUGUCCUCAAGCAUGAUUCAGAUUUUCAAAAAUUAAAAGACAAUGCUGUUAACAAUGGACAAGAAAUAACUUGUCUUAUGUUAUUAUUGCAAGUCACAAAGAUACUUGAUCAAUUUAUCUCUCGUCUAAAGGUUCUCUAUACUGAUACAAAACAACCCUUAUUCCCUCAAUUGGAACAAUUAUUUCCUGAGAAGAAUUUUAUAGAUCAUGAAUUUAAUAUAUUCGAAGCGUUAGUCGAUGAUAAUAUCGCUUCAUAUCUCAAAAAAUUAGUCGAGUAUUGGAAAAAUUAUGAGCAUAUUAAUCAUAUAUGUAGAGGUUGCAUCCAUUUGUCGAAACAUUAUAAUAUUCCACUUACUGAACAACAAUCUAUUUUACAAAAUAUACUUGACAUUAAUAAUCAAUCAUCCAUUGAAACUUGUAAAGCAGUAUAUCAGGCAUAUUGUGCUCAUUAUGAAGAAAAAUACAAUAAAUCAGUGCUUAAACUCAUUGCUCAAUGGAGUCUAUCAGAGAAACUUAUAGACUUUUCAUAUUCACUCACAGUAACUGAUGUUGAUAAUUUACUUGAAAUAGUCAAUGACUGGGAUGAAACAUUAAUUAGCACCAAAACGGUAUUAGAUUUUGUAUUACUUAAACGAUUUCAUCAUCAAACAGAUAUCAUGAUUGACUCUAUUCGCCAAAAAAGGUAUCUGGAAUUCAAUGAUAUUAUUAAUUGUUUUGAAGAAGUAUCAAAUGAGAUUGAAUUUAAAAAUAUUCUAAACAAUUAUGAAUCUUGUUCAAAAUGUUUAUUUAGCAUAGAUCGUAUAUGUAUGGGAUCAAAAAAUAAGGAACAAUCAAAACGAAGACGUAUUUUGGAUAUAAUGAAAAAUUCAAGUCUCUGCUUUUGUGUUCAUCAAUUAAGAGAAACAGUUCAUGGUAAUCAAUAUCAAUUCGAUGUACACAUCAUGAAUACGAAUUGGGAACCAAUAUGCUUUGAUGAUCUUAGUGAACUCCGCGAUCGAGCACGUCUCAUUCAAUAUGGAAGCAAUAAGUUUAGUAAUCUAGAAACUUAUACCGAUGACAAUAUUCAGCAGUUACAAUCGUUUGUUUCUUUCGUAGAAACUCUUGAGAUUAUAUUAGAAAAUUUAAAAUUACUUAAUAUUGCUGGUUAUCCAUUCAUGCAAGAAUAUCCUAUGUCUAAAAGAAAGUUUACAUGUCGAGACGAUAAUUAUCAUGAACUUGACAAAUUUAAAUUGAGUUUGACAGCACAACUUUCUGAUUGGGAACAACAACUUUGUAUUAUGUACGAAACAUGUAUUGAUUUAACUUAUUUUUCGUAUCAACAAAUCUGGCUAGUUGAAAAUUCUUUAUAUAAACAAACAGUAACAUCAAGUAAUGAUCCAGGAUAUCAUUUACUUAAAUUUAUCGGCAUUGAUCCACAAAAUAUUCAAUUAGAAUUAUUACCAAUGAGAAGUAUAACACCCAAUGAUCGUCUAAAGAAUAUGGCUCAGAUCCUUAAUAGUCAACGUGUCAGUAAAUAUUUUUCAAUUCAAGAAAAUGAUCAAAACCAUAAACAAGUAUUUUUAGUGGAAACAUCAAACAAAGAAAUUUUACGUGCUAUUUACUCUCUUUUUCAUCUGAACAAUAUACCGAUCAUUGCUAAUCAAUUAUUCUAUUGUACAAUGAAUACAGAUUGGAUAGAAAUACGAGCAUUUGUUUAUCGGUGUUUUUAUUCACAAACAUUACAUCAACUUAUUCGACCUGAAUUAUUAUCAUUAGUAAUUCAAGAUAAAUUUGCACAACUUUUAAAUCAAUUAAUCAAACAAAAUCCAAAACAUUUUUUUCUUCUAAGCAUGAUUACAACGGUGUCUAUUUCUCAAUUGCAUAUUAUCAAUAGCUUAAGAAUACAUCGAAUGAUGAAAAUUAUUCGUGAUCAAGAUAUUCUUAGUGAAGAAAAACUGUUAAAUAUUAUUCAACCAAUCAUUAAUGAUUAUUCUUUAUUGGUUACAUCAACAAUAGCAGGUCUCGGUAAAUCAACUUAUAUACGAAAUGAAAGUCUUCAACUUAAUAAAAAAUGUAUUAAGUUUCCUAUUAGUGGUGACGUAGACAUUGAUACAUUAGUAGAACGACUUUAUAAUAAAGAAAUUCAAUUAGAAUCAUCAACAAUAGUUAUACAUAUUGACAUUAGUGCAGUUGAAGAUGUUCAACAACUCAAUGAAUUUCUAUAUUGUUUUGUACUUUUUCGUUGUUUUCGACUUCGACAAAUACCUAUACAUGUGUCAAGUAAUAUACCAAUUUAUAUUGAACUUGAUUCAUCAUUGUAUUUAGCCAACUUAAAAGAUGAUAUUAUUAUAUUCAAGUAUAUGAAAAUAAAACAUAUCGAUUGUAUGAAUUGGAAUGAACUGAAUGUUAAUAAUUCAUCACCUAUACAAUUUGUUGCUAAUUAUCUUCAGUCUAUAGAAAAUGAAAAAAUCAUUAUAGAAAACAUAACAGAAGAGAAUAAAGAAACUUUCGACCAACUAACUUGUAUUCGUCUGUUACAGAAGUAUUUUUUUCCAAAGAAAAAUAUUAAAUUUGUUUCAUGGACACAAUUAUCUAUUUUCGUAUCUAUAUAUUACAAAUUAUUUUCAGGUUUUUCACAAUGUGGUCAUUUUUUUGUCGAUCCUGAACAUCAUUCAUCAUUACGGACCGAUAUUCUAAGAAGUUUACUUAACUCUUCUGACCAAUUCACAUCGUUAAGUGUUGAAACAGUUCGUAAGAAUCAGCGUUCAAUGCAUGAUGAUCAGACUAUCAUUCCAUUUAGUGAAGCUAUCAUACGAUGGGACACAAUACAACCAUUCACAGUUAUUUUUACUACUACUAACGAUCCAUUAUUUGUCUAUAAAACAAAAAGUGAUAUACCUUCGUCAUUAGUCGAUGCAUUUCGUUUGUAUUACCAACUGAUUAAUGAAAAUCGUGCCAAAACAAAUGUACCACAACAAACAUUUUAUUCAUUUUUCUACAAUCUCUUUGCAAACGAUAAUGCUGAAGUAAUUGCAUCGUCAAUAAAACCAGUGGAACAGCAAUUGCAAGAGUUUUUGACUGAUCAUGAUACAAUGACACAUGAACAAUUCUUUCUUAGACUUACUUUACUAUCAACGAAAUAUUUCACUGAAAAAUCAAUUUGUGAGAACUGUUUUAAGCAAUAUGAAUACACUGAAAAACAAUGUACGGUUUGUUCAACAAAAAAUAUUCUUAUUCGACCAAAUUCAUUAAAAAAUCCUAAAGAUAUCGAAGAUUUUCAGAAAAAAAUGGCAAAAAAACUUGAAUCAGAAUACAUAAUAACUGCUGAUAACUAUAUAAAAAUGUUAUUAAUAUAUUUGCGUGUUCAGAGUGGUUUACCGGUAUUAAUUAUGGGAGAGACAGGAUGUGGAAAAACUGCAUUGAUUCAAUUUUUAUGUCAAAAAAUUCUUGAUGAUGAAAUGGUCGUAUUUCAUAUUCAUGCUGGUAUAACAAAUGACAAAAUAAAUGAAACAAUGCAUGAACUUUUGAGAAAAGCACAAAAAUGUUCAGAAGAAAAUCAAAACAAACGUCUAUGGGUUUUUCUUGAUGAAUUCAAUACGACUCCUAAUAUUGGAUUAUUGAAAGAAAUUGUUUGCGAAAAAUCAUUUCUUGGUAAAACAUUACCAAAAAAUAUGGUUUUAUUGGGUGCAUGUAAUCCUCAACGACGUAAGAAGAAUCAAAAAGAAACUGAUGAUGCUAUUGGUAUUAAAAAACAUCAUUAUGAAAUUCUUCGGCAGAGAAAUUCUCUGAAUUCAUCAUCACUUUAUUCUGUAGUAACAAUUCCAGAAACAAUGCUUGAAUAUAUCUGGGAUUAUGGUUAUCUUAAUGAGAUCACAGAGAAGAGUUAUGUUCAAGCAAUAGUGAAUGCAUGUGAAAAUCUUACAACUGAUCAGACCUGGCUUAAUUGUAUACUGACUUUAAUAAUUGAAUCCCAUAAGUUUUAUCGUGAAUACGAAGACGUAAGUAGUGUGUCAUUACGAGAUGUAGUUCGAUUCUGUCGUUUCUAUAAUUGGUUUUAUAAAUUUCCUAUUUCAAAUGAAGAUAAUCAAGUUCUCAUUACAUUCUUCAUAAAUAAAAUUGAACAUGCCAGUUUAAUUGCUUUAUUUCUAUGCUAUUACUUUCGUCUUAAUUCACCAAUAAAACGUCAAGAAUAUUUAAAUAAAAUGGAAAAUUCUAUUAAAAAUUUUAAACCAAAUAUACCAUGUGAUUCUCUAAAUAAAAUAUUACAAAAUGAAAAAAUGUCUUUAAUUAAAAGAAUGGAAUUACCAAUAGGUACAGCUAUAAAUCGUGCACUUACUGAUAAUAUUUUUGUUCUUUUUACAUGUAUUCUUAAUCGAAUACCUGUUAUUCUAUGUGGUAAACCUGGUUCAAGUAAAACAUUAGCUGUACAAAUUGUUAUUAGUAAUCUCAAAGGAAAAAAAUCAAACGAUUCAUUUUUUCAAACAUUAGAUGAAUUAAUUGCUGUUUCUUAUCAAGGUUCUCAAAAUUGUACUUCAGAAAGUGUUAUUCAAGUUUUUACAAGAGCCGAUAGAUAUAUAGAAGCAAAUAGUGAUAUUAAAUUAUUGCCUGUGAUUGUUUUUGAUGAAAUAGGUCUUGCAGAACUUUCACCACAUAAUCCAUUGAAAGUUUUACAUAGUGAACUUGAAAUAGAAAAAUGUAGACAUGGAUUCAUUGGUUUAUCAAAUUGGCGUCUUGAUGCAUCGAAAAUGAAUCGUGCUAUUUAUCUAUGUUGUCCCGAGCCAGAUCUCGAUGAUUUAAAAAUGACAGCAAUAGCUCUAUCACAAUCAAUGUUGUCAAAUGAUAAUCAAGCUAUUCCAUUAGAUAAUUUUAUUGUUGAAGGUCUCGCUAAUUCUUAUAUGGAAAUGUGUAAUCAUCUAAAACAACAUAGAAAUCAAUAUUAUUUUGGAUUACGUGAUUAUUAUUCAUUGAUUAGAGGCAUUGUAAAUGAUAUGCUUGAUAAGAAACUUGAACGACACAAUCUACAUGAAAUUAUUCGAUAUCAGUUAGCGAUUAAUUUUGAUGGUAUUAUUAAUGGUGCUAAAUUCAUGUGGUCGAAAUUUUGUGAAUAUAUACAACAAAAUCAUUUAGUUGAACGUUAUUCAUCUCCAACGUUCGAUCAAUUAAUUAAUCAAAGUAUGUCAUUUCGUACUGGACGAUUUCUUAUGUUGAUUGGUGAUAGUGAAAGCAGUUUUGAUUAUAUUCAACAAUAUAUUAAUAUUAAAUAUCGAUUAAUAAAAACUCAUACUUUAAUUGGUAGUACAUUUGCUGGUGAUUUUCUUUCAAAUACAAUUUAUACUGAACAAUAUAAUACUCGAAUAUUAAUGGAUAUUAUACUUUAUGCAGAAAAAAAUAUAACAUUAUUCAUACAAGGAUUAGGUCAUUUAUAUGAUAAUCUUUAUGAUUUAUUUAAUCAAAAUUUUUCUAUUUCAGCACGAAAAAAAUAUUGUCGUAUUGCACUUGGUUCUCUUUAUCAUCCACGUUGUAUUAUUCAUGAUAAUUUUUUUUGUGUAGUAUUUAUCAAAAAACAUGAUCUUGAUAAAUAUGAUCCACCAUUUCUAAAUCGUUUUGAAAAACAUUUUAUUGAUAUGGAUACAUUGAUUAAUGAAUAUCAAAAAUCUAUUGUAUCUAUAUUAAAUAAAUGGAUUAAUGAAUUUUUAUUGAAUAAACCAAAUCACAAUUUUCCUUGUAAAAAAAAUCUUUUUAUUGAAUUUAGUAAUGAUUAUAUUAUUAAUUUAAUUACUGAUGCAUAUAAUCAUUUAUCAAUUCCUAUUAAUCAAGAAAGUAAAUAUAUUGAAAAUAUAAUUAAAUAUUGUCAAGAUCAAAUGAUUCGAACAAGUUCAUUUGAUUUUCCUCUUCUUUUAUCGUUGAGAUCUCAAAAGGAUCAUACAAAUAAUGUAAAUGAUUUUAUUCAACGAUACUAUGAAAUUCAUGCUGACUUAUCUUUUUCAUCUUUUAUUAAUCAAAUAUUAGAAAAAGAAAAAAUUCCAAAGUUACUUAUUUAUACAUAUACUCAAAUACAUGAAAUUAUUAAUUAUAAUGAUAUCAAAAACUAUCAUAUGUGGUUAGAAGAAAUUAAAUUGAGUUAUUUUAAAACCGAAUUAGAAUUAAAACAAAAGAUUACAAUGUUUUAUCAAAUGAAAUAUUUACGUUUAUUAUUUAUUCGUGUUGAUUAUCAUCAAGAACAUGAACAUAUUUCAAUGCUUAAACAUAUUUUACUCACUGAAAAUAUUAUCGAUGAAAAUCGUGGUAUAUGUUUUAUAUUUCAUUUACAGCGUAACAUGUUAAAUCAAAUUAAUAAUGAUGUUUUUUUCAAUGGAUGGUCAACUAUAAUGAUUGACAAUCUUCAAGAACAUAAAAUAAUACCUCUGAAUAUUCUUAUGAAUCCAUCAUAUCACGAUCUUAUUAUUCAUUUAGAUUUUCUAAAUUUCGAAACUAUAUUUGAUGAUCUCAUUAAACGAUGUUUUAAUAAAUUUCGUUAUCAUGUGAAAAAUAAACAAUUUGAAGAUAAAAUUAAUCAACGUCGCGAAUCAAUAAUUCAACAAUUAACUUUACAAAUUGCUAAAAAUGAUAAUGAUGAUCUAUCAUUACGUUCAUUAAUUAAAAAACAAUUAUUAAAAAUAUUUGAAAAUAUUCAAUAUAAUUCUAAUCAAUCUCAAUCCAAUGAUUGGCGACAAGAUUUAUUAACAAAAGAAAUAAUUAUUGGUUCAUGUUGUUCAUUUAAUGAUGCAUUAAUAAAAAUAAUAAUGUUUUUUCUUGAUAAUUAUUUGUCAUUAUUAAUUGCACAUCUUGAAAAGCAUUCAUUGAUAGAUUCUUAUGUAUUUUUAAACAAUUCCAAUGAAGAAAUUAAUAAAAAAUUAUGUCCAAUUUGGUUUGAUUGUUGGAUAAAAAUAACUAAAACAAUCGAUAUUUCAUCAAUCAAUCAAACUAAUAUUGAAAUUCCUCUUAUUUUCGAUUUACAUUUACCAUGUGCAAUAAAUGAAUAUGAAAUUAUUCGUCAAAUACGAAUGAAUAUUGCACAAUAUUAUCAAAAUAAUAAUGAAAAUAUAACAGAUAUUGCUUGGAAAGAAUUAAUUAAUAGAAGUAUUUAUGGAGAAUUUAUCAAAGAAAUUCUUAAUGAUUCAAAUUUAUUCGAUCAUUACUAUCACGAUCAACUUACGUUAGCACGAAAUGAAGCUAAUAUUCAUCAAUUAUCUACAUUAUAUGUACAACGUUUAUUAACAUCGAAAAUAGCAGGAACUAUAAAAUAUCGACUUCGACAUUUACUUAUUGAUUAUGAAGAUUUAUUUGAAAUAAUGCGAUUAUUUGAAAUUAGUAUACCAUUGAUUAGUGAUGAAGAUCAUGUUUUUGAAAUUUUAAAUCAACAAUUUAUUAUUUUGAAUGAUAAUCAAGAGAAAAUCAUUCGAAAUAUUAGUGAUUUAUAUUAUCUCGUCAUAGACAAAACAAAUAUUUAUCAAAUUCCACCAAAAUCAACAUCAGAGAGCAGACUCCAACUCAAUGAUGAAAGUAAUCCAUUUAUUGAAACAUGUUUAAUGAAUUUAAUCGAACUACUCGUCUCUCCAACUAUCAUUGAUCGUAUUGAUAAUAUGAAACAAUUAUUAACAAUAUAUGGUCGUCUAAUACAGAGCAUAUAUAUACUUAGUCAUUAUAAUCAUUAUGAAAUUAUAAAUGUUGAAAAAUUUCAUUCAUUAUUUCAUUUAGCAUCUUGCAUAUCAGAUUUAUUUCCAAUUGAUCAAUCUCUGAUCGUAUUCAAAAAAGUUUAUUGUUAUUCUAACUUUCAUAUUUCAUUCGAGAAACUUGAUCAAAUCGAUAACUUUAUUUCAUACUUAAACAAUGUUAUACAUCAACAACAAUCAACUGCAAAUGAUACAAUUAUUCAUCAAAAUUUAAUUAAAUUUGAAAAUGAACUUGUAAGAAAUUGGUUUAUUGAAAAUAAUGAUAAAUGCGGUGAUAUUUUGAAGUUUAUUCAUGAUCAUGAUCGCGAUUUAUGGAAAUAUUCAACUAAAAUUUUUAUGAUUAUCAAUGGAUGUCUCGAACUAUCAUCUACAAUAAAGAUACAUAAUGGUCGAAUACCACAGAACAAUGAAUAUACAAAAAUCAAUCAAUAUUUAUGUAAACUAAAUGAUUCAACACGAAAAAUUGAAGUUUUACUUACUACACGAAUUUAUACGCAAUUGAUAUUGAAUGAAAAUUAUGAAUCUCUAUUUAAUCAAGAUAAUAGACAACAAUGGAUUACAAUACUUACACAUGAUUUUGAUCAUUUUAAAAAGAAUUUAAAUGAAAUAGAACAUAUAACUACUGAUGAAAAACUAAAAUUAAUCGGUCUAAUUGCAUGGCUUCAAUGUUAUAUUCAAUAUUAUGUAUAUGUUUUUAAACAUGAUGAAAACAACAAAAUAAUACAAGAUAUUAACAAUAUAUUUAUUCAAGAUGAUUUUAAAUUUUAUUCAACUCUCAAAUUAUUUAUUAUUAAACAACUUUGUCAAUUAUAUAAUGUAACAUUUCAUAAUUUAUGUAGUAAAUUUGCUAGUAGAAAUGUAGAUUGGAUUAAUUCAAUGAUAACUCAACCAUUUAAUCAACGAACACAAGAUGUUCGACACUAUGUUAUUCUACCAACGCCUCUAUUUGAAAGCUGUAAGGAAUUUAAACGUAUUGAUGAUAUACUUUCAUCAAAACCUAGUAGUGAUCAACUACGAGAUCUAAUUAAAGAAUGUGCUACAAAACGAGUUUCAUCAUAUUGUUUCAUUAUUUGGUUUGUUCAUCAUUAUGCACGAUUUUAUAUGGAAAAUAUUUUACCAGAUACACAAAUUGUUAAUUUAAUUCAAGAUAAUGUUAAAGAAGAAUUAAUUAAUUACUUCGAACCUAUAGGCUAUCAAUUGAUUAUUUCUUUAUGUACAAAUUUUAACGACAAGUCAUACUUUCAAUUAAAACCUUUCAUGUCAGAAGAAAAUCUUCAUUUACGUUUAAUUGUUUUAAAUAUUAUUGCUUUGCUUAUUUCAUUCAAAUCAAUCGACAAAAUCUCUCUUUUUGGUUUUCUUCUCUAUGAUGGAAACAAAAAAAUGCCAACAAAUUACACAGAACAUUUUAAAAUGUUCAAUUCUCUAACAGGUGUUGCUAUUGCAAAUGAUUAUGCUCGAAUUCAAAUGAUGAAUAUUCGCACUCAAAUAGAUGAACAAAUAAAAAACAACAAAAUUGAUGAACCUGAUCAUUACAUUAUUCGUUGUUCUUCAAAUUGUCUUUGGAUGUUCUAUUUCAAUAAUUGUGACAGAUCUAAUGAACAAAGAUCAUGUCCACUAUGUAAAAAUGAAAUAAUUAUCUCUAACAAUAAUGAUUUCAAUGUUAUUAACAGUUCUCAUAUUCGAAUGAAUAUUAAUGAAGCUUUAGAAUUUAUCUCUAAAUAUAUCGAUCUGGAAACUCAAAAUGAUUGCUCAAACAUAAUAAAAAAAUGCGAUCAUUUGAAGCAACCACUUACAUCUGAAUUCAUAAAUUUUUUCACACAUGCAAUCUUUCUGUUUCUAAAUGAAUUAAAUCUCAUACCGAAUUCAACAACAACAACACAUUGUGUCUAUUUUCAAGAAAGUAUUAAAAAAUAUUAUGGUCUUCUUCGUACACAUUUAUCUAACAUUGAUCAAUGUUAUAUUUGGCUUUAUAAACUUAUCAAUCAUAUGCUUCAGAAAACAUUUGUAGUCAAAGGUUAUCUCAAUAGACGAGAAAAAGUAAUAGAAUUAGAAAAAUUAAUCGAAGAAAAAUUAAUUCUUCCUCAUAUUAAGUCUGUUAUCAACGAAAUAAAAGAAUAUAAAACAGCUUAUGUAGAUUUUGUAUAUGGAGAUAAUAAAAAUUUCAUAUUUGCAAAUUUUGUUGAUGAAAUAAUUGAAGAUAAUGAAAAGUAUCCAUUAUUAAAUUUUUUUAAUGUAACUAAUAUUCAUACGGUUGAUUUUAUUGAUGAUUUUUAUACUAAACUUCAAUUACUACCUGAUUUUGAAAAAACAUAUCCAUUAAUAACAUUUUUAUUAAAACGUCUUUCGGAUUAUGAUAAUAUUCAAUAUCUAUAUCCAAUUAUUAAAUUUACUAAUUAUUUUAUAGAAAAUUUAAAUCAUCGUAUUAAACGAAAUGUUGCAAUGAAAACAACAAUAUCUCAAUAUUUAAAAAAUAAUCCAGAUGCAAAAGUAAUCUAUGAAGAAUUUCUAAAAGCUUGGUAUAAAAUCAAUUUAAAUGAAGUCUAUUUUGAUCAAAGAAAAUAUAAAUUUCAACACUAUGAAUCUAAAUAUACAUUUGAAGAUAAAACUAACAUUUCUAUGUUUUUAUUGAAUAAAUCAAGUGAUAGUGAGAAUAUGAUAUUAACUGCCUGUUUACAAACAAUUGGAAAUUUACAAAAUGAUAUUAUUCAUUAUUAUCAUUCUCAUAUGGUUAACUAUAUAGAUAAUGAUGAUAAAUAUUUUCAACAUCAUAUUGUUCCUUUACAGUCACUACAACAAAAACAUUUAUUUCAAUUUGAUACAAAUAAAAUACGAAAAUUAUUAGUUCAAAAAGGAUUAAUGAUUAAUUAUAUAUAUGGAAUGAGUAAAGAUAUUAUUUAUGAUUAUAAAGAAAUCGAAUGGACAUUAAGAAAUGAAAUUAGCUGUUUACCAUUAAUUGAAAUGAAAAAUAUGCAUUUUUUUAAUUAUCAAUUUGAAUUAUAUGAUGCAAAUAUUUCAUUAAUUAAUGAUAUACGUGAACGUUUUGAACAAAAAUUAUUUCAUGAACAAGAACAAUUAGAAAUAAAAAAUUUUCUUGAUCAUCUCGAUAAUGAUUCUAUCCUUCAAUUAUCUGGUUUACUUGAAUAUAUUUUAACAUAUUUACGUACUGUAAAUAAUAAAAAUAUUAUUAAAAUGAAUACCAUUCAAACAUUUCUCAAGGAAAAUAUCCCUUCAAAAACAUGUAUAGACAAUAAAAUACGUGAAAACAAAUCAUUCUCAUCAAUUUAUCUUGAGUAUAUUAUUGAUUUAUAUGAACUCAUAGAAGAAUACAUAUUUGAUAAAAUUUUAUGCGAUAAUAUCAGAAAUGAUCUAUGUGAAAGAUCGUUUUCUAUCGAUCAGCAAAUAUCCAUUGUUGAUCAAUUUAUCGAGAUGAUUUUACACAAUAAUAAUAUUGCUGAUUGCUUUAAAAAUCUUACUUGUUGGAUAAGUAUGUUUAAACGUCUUUUAGUACGUUUAUUAUCACCUAAUAUGAAUAUUAACUUUGAUUCAUCUCUUGAUGAUUAUGUGAAACGAACUGAUAUAUGGAAAGGAAAUGUGACUAAAAAUGAUAUUCAAACAAUUGAAAUCAAUAAAAGUAUUUGUUUAAAACAUGCAUAUAUUAUAUUGAAUGGAUUAAAAAAGAAACAAAAUGAAUUGAUAAUCAAUGAAAAUCAGCGAAGUCAAAAUAACAUCGAACAGCAAGAACAAAACCAAAGUAUUACGGCAACAUCAAGUGACACAGUACGAUCGACGAAUUCGUCACAAAGAAGUAGUGGAUUUAGAAGAAAUGCUUUUCGAAACUAUUAG